UGCCGGGCCGCCUGUUGGCGGUGUCACGGCGCGGCGACGCGGCGGGGAAGGCCCCGCGGUGGGCGGGCAGGGGGCGGGCGGGUGGCGGAGCCCCGCGCUGGCGCCGGCCUUUGGCCAUGCGGAGGCUCCUGGCGGCCGUGAGGGGCUGGCGCGGCUCCCCAGUUUGCAAGUCAUGUGCGCUCCGAAGAUUUUCCAUCCAGCCCGCCCAGCAGAAGAAGAUUCCAAACCGGUAUUUGGGCCAGCCCAGCCCCUACACACACCCACACCUUCUCAAACCAGGGGAGGUAACCCCAGGAUUGUCACAGGUGGAAUAUGCUCUUCGCCGACACAAACUGAUGGCAUUGAUCCAGAAGGAAGCCCAGGACUGUGAUGGAGUGGACCACACAGUGAUUCUGCUAUCGAAUCCCACGUACUACAUGAGCAAUGACAUCCCCUACGUUUUCCACCAGGACACAAACUUCCUGUACCUCUGCGGCUUCCAGGAGCCUGACAGCAUCCUGGUGCUGCAGAGCCUUCCCGACAAAGCGCUGCCCUCCCACAAGGCCAUCCUUUUUGUGCCCCGGAGAGAUCCGAGACGAGAGCUGUGGGACGGGCCCAGGUCAGGCACAGAUGGGGCUGUUGCUCUCACAGGAGUAGAUGAAGCUUAUGCUAUAGAGGAGUUCAGGCACUUGGUGGCCAAGCUGAAAGGUGAGUCAAGCAUGGUGUGGUAUGACUUGACUAAACCAGUGCACAAAGAGCUGCACUCUGACUACAUGCAGCCCCUGGCUGAGAUAAAAGCUCGGAGCAAAAAUUAUAUCCAGGGCAUCCGACGUCUAGUGCAAAACCUUCGGCUGAUCAAAUCUCCUGCAGAGAUUGAAAGGAUGAAGAUAGCUGGACGGGUGACAGCAGAGGCUUUCAUAGAGACAAUGUUUGCCAGCAAAUCCCUGGUGGAUGAAGCCUUUCUGUAUGCAAAGGUGAGUAUGUCAUUGUUGGGAGUGAGAUAGAAGGGCUGGAUGUUUCUUAUUCUUCCAGGAAACUAGGAAUGUCAGAUCUCCCUAUGAUGUGCCUCCCACCGUAGCAUAUUCCUCCUUCACCCAACUUUCACAUCUCCUUAGACA